UCUCUCUAGUUUUGAAAAUGGCUCUUGCAAGAAUAACCUUUUGCAUUGCAGCAAUACUCUCUCUCUUAACGGUGGCUUAUGCACAGACUGCCGGAGUUUUCACGGCGGGGCCUUGGCAGAGUGCUCACGCCACCUUCUACGGCGGCAGCGAUGCCUCCGGCACCAUGGGUGGAGCUUGUGGAUAUGGUAAUCUAUACAGCCAAGGAUACGGAGUCAAUACGGCGGCGCUAAGCACGGCAUUAUUCAACAAUGGCCUGAGUUGCGGCCAAUGUUUUGAGAUCAAAUGCGCCAACGAUCCCAAAUGGUGUCACUCAGGCAGCCCUUCAAUCUUCGUCACCGCCACCAACUUUUGUCCCCCAAACUUCGCCCAGCCUUCAGACAACGGUGGAUGGUGCAACCCUCCUCGCCCACAUUUCGAUCUUGCCAUGCCCAUGUUCCUCAAGAUUGCCGAAUACCGUGCCGGAAUUGUCCCCGUCUCCUAUCGUCGAGUUCCAUGCCGGAAACAGGGAGGAAUCAGGUUUACUAUCAAUGGGUUCCGAUAUUUUAACUUAGUUCUGAUCAGUAAUGUCGCCGGAGCAGGAAAUAUAGUGAAAGUGAGCGUGAAAGGGAGCCGUAGUCAGUGGAUGUCGAUGACCCGUAAUUGGGGACAAAACUGGCAGUCCAAUACCGUUCUUGUCGGUCAGGCUCUGUCGUUUAAGGUGACCUCCGGCGAUGGUCGUACUUCCACCUCAUUCAAUGUGGCACCUUCUAAUUGGCAGUUUGGACAUACUUACCAAGGCAAGAAUUUCAUCGUCUGAUGAUUCAAGUCAGUUUGUCAGACUCAAACCCAAACCGAGCCGAAUUGAGCAAAAAGUAUUAGUAUUAGUAUUAGUAUUAGAAUAAGACAAUGGUAAUGGGAAUGGAAGUAGAUUGUGAUGAAUUUGGUAUUUAAUUACCCACAUUUUGUUUCCCAUUUUUUUCAUGGGAAAACUUGAAGCUUGCCCACAAUCCCUACGUUUUAUGGUUUACGUUUAGCGUGUAAUUGUAUGAUAAUAAUCUUUGUUAUAUAAAAUAAGUGGGUGUUUGUGU